CGCGCACACCGGUCUGUUCCGGGUUGCGUUCGGCCCGUUCUGAAUUGUUGCCGAGUGUUUCAAUGGAGUGGGAAUGGUAUUGUGAGUGAGUUAGUUGGCAAGUGAAUGGCGGGGGAUCUGUCCACUUACCAUGGAAGGGAUGCUUUAUAAAUGGACCAAUUAUCUUAGUGGAUGGCAGCCACGCUGGUUUAUUCUUGCUGGUGGAAUUUUGUCUUAUUAUGAUUCACAAGAGGACACAUGGAAGGGCUGCAAAGGCAGCAUUAAGAUGGCAGUGUGUGAAAUACAAGUGCAUAAUAGUGACAAUACAAGAAUGGAGCUGAUCAUUCCAGGGGAACAACACUUCUAUCUGAAAGCUGCAAAUGCUGCUGAGAGACAGAGGUGGCUUGUCGCCUUGGGAUCAUCCAAAGCUUGUCUGACAGACAGUAGGACGAAGAAGGAGAAAGAAAUAAGUGAAAACACUGAAUCCCUGAAAAAGAAGGUCUCCGAACUGAGAUUGUAUUGUGAUCUUCUCCUUCACCAAGUGAAUAAUCUAAAAGAGAGUGCACAAUUCAAUCAGUCUAAUCCAACUGAUAUAGAGAUUGACAUGGCAACUCUUCUAAGAUCAACUUGCAACACCUUUAUGAAGACAUUGGACGAAUGCAUGCAAAUUGCAAAUGCUACCUUGCGGCCUGAGCUGUUGCAACCUACACCUCCAGGUUCCCCACAUGUGACUGUCAUAAAAUCAAACAGAAUUAAACACCAUCAUCAAUCCAGUUACAGUUGCACAAGAAGCAGGAAUGAGCCAAAUAACUUUCAAAAUGGCUCAACCACAGAAGAGGCCAACUUCAAGACUCUGGCAAGACCACAGUCAGAAAAUGACUAUCAGCAUCUAGUAAAUUCAAGAGCAGAAAGCACAGAAAAUAUGGAAGAGAGGAUGGACAACUCUGAAUUAGUGGCUGCCGCUUCUGAGAAGACUGAUAUGAAUGUUGAACUUCAGCCUUCUGAAUUUACAGAUGAAGUUCCUGAUAGUGGUGAGGCACUGGGUGAUACAAAUGCAACGCUGGAAACAGAGAAUAGAGAGAUUCAGACAUUCUUCAGUGCAAUGGAACAAAGAUUUAAUGAUAUCGAAUUUGAGGAAGAGAAUGGUAUUCCUACUCUACCAUUUCUGGAAUCUUGCUAUGCAAUAGUUCCAGUGUUAGAUAAACUUGGCCCAACAGUCUUUGCUCCUGUUAAAUUAGAUUUUGUUGGCAAUAUUAAGAAAAUAAAUCAGAAAUACAUCACUGAUUCCAUAAGGUUCACUACCCUUCAGAAAAUAGUGCUGUAUGAAUUGGAAACUGAUGAGGCUACAGUUAGGAAUUCUGCUACUGAGGCACUCCUUUGGUUGAAGAGAGGGUUAAAGUUUCUGAAAGGAUUUCUGGAAGAAGUGAACAACGGAGAAAAGGAUAUCCAAAAAGCACUAAACACGUCGUAUGGUAGAACGUUGCGUCAGUAUCACGGUUGGGUCGUUAGAGGUGUCUUUGCAUUGGCAUUAAGAGCAGCUCCAUUUUAUGAAGGGUUUAUGGCAGCCCUUGCUGUGAAUGAAGGAGAUGAACAGAAUGAGGCAUUCUAUGAAGGAAUGAAGAGAGAUUUAAGCCAAUAUCUUCCAGCCAUGGGGAAGCAAAUAGAGAUUUUAGAUGCUUUGUACGAAGAAUAUAAUUUAGAAUCUGAUGAAGUAGUAUAAUGAUAAAUUACUUCUCAUAAUGUUGUUUGAAAAGGAAGAAAUAUGAGAUUUUUGGGUCAUCUUUCACCACAAAUGAAAUAUGCAGCAAAAUAUUAGUUUGUUUCAGUUUCAGUCAAGCCCAUUGCUUUCAGUUGAACUGCAUUCUGUUAAAUCUCAAAACUUUAAUGUGUGUGUUCUGUAAUGGACAAUGGAGGUACAUUUCUGCAUGCAUGUUUGAAGGUAGUGGCAUAUUUAGCGGGUGUUUUUAAUCCAAGUAUCUUGGAGUUCAAAUAUGUCAACUUAUUCCUUGAACACGUCCUAGCUAGCAAAAUGACCACCAGGGUCUGACUAUUUACAAAUUAACUUGAAACACUGAUCACCCUUUAUGAUUGAUGUCAUUGAGUUUGUCCUGAAAAUAAUUGCCUGUUCCGUAUUUUGUAAAUUUGAGUUCUUAAUGUCAUCUAAAAGUGAUUGAUACAGAGACUUUUCUUCGUGCAGAAUCUGCUUGAAUUUGGUACAUUUUACAUGUUAGGGAUCGUGCAAAGGCACAAUGGGCUUAAACAGCUGAGAGGUGCCCAGCAAUGCUGGAGAAAUCUCAGGCAGGUCUGGCAGCAUUUGUGCAGAGAAAAAUAGAAUAAUGUUUCAGCAAAUUUAGUUCUUCGCUGAAGAAGAACCAAAUCAAAUGCAAAACAUGACACUGUUUUUCAGUCCACAGAUGUUGCCAGACUUGAGUUUCUCCAGUAUUUUCUGCUGGUUUUAGAUUUACAGCAUCUGCAGUAUUUUACUUUCAUUUGAGCUACUAAUUAAUAUAAUCAUUUAAAAAAAGCACCUGAAAGCAGAUCCAGUCAGCCCAAAUCUAAUAAUGUAUGAAUUUAAUAUAAUUUAUGAUGUGAUAAAUAAUUUUGAUGAUGAAAGCAAUGGAUUUAAUUUUAAUCUAUUUCAGAACCUAUACAUCUAUAAUGUAAUUCUGUUUUAAAUCUGAUCCAUAGAGAGUGCCACUGAACUUUAUUUAGCGUGUCAGCUAAUUUGAGGAUGUUGCAACAGAAACACUUCUCACCUCUGUUUUUAGCAGCAGAGUUGUUUCUGCUUGGUCUGUACACACUAAUCCAUGCACCUAUCAUUAUUUUAGCUGUUCCAGUCCAAUGUUUCUGAAGUUGAAGUGAUAACAAGUUGAAAACAGUAUUGUAUCUGAUUUUGUGAAGGGGCAGAAGAAUUAAUGGCCAAGAUAUGUGCCAAAAAUAAUCCAUUUUGAAUGCAAUUUGCAUAUGUAGGCUUUGAUAAACCACUGACUGGAAUACAAGAUCAACUCUAAACCUGCUUUGGGAAAGAGCCUGGGCUACAAAAGGACCUAUAGAAUAAGUUGACUUGAACAUUUUAAAGUAAUUACUAAAUGUAGAGAAGUUGCCAACACUGGCAAAUUUAUUGUCAUGCCAACUUAUCAGCUGGGGUAACUGAACUAAACCUAACCUAAUCUAGAUUUUAGAAGUCUUUGUAUGGCAUUAAAUGAACUUAGCUUGUAAUUAUAGCCAUAAGAAUUUAUUUAACUGAAAUUGCACUGUGUACCCAUGUGUGUAUAUACAUAUAUAUGGAUAAAUUUUGUACUUAUUUAAUAAAGUGUUGCAUUUUUAUUAUA